AUGUGUAAUCCGCCCAAUGCUCUGCAAGAAAACGUGAAAGCUGUUUGGUAUAUAAUAGCAUUCGUUCUCUGUGGAGUUACACUAUUCUGCUAUGUACUUGCAUUCUUGGUACUUUCUUACAAACGUAACGCACGUAAGUCAAUGCGAAGUCUCACGGUGAUAUUUUCAACGUUUCUAUGCACGAGAUUUAUCACCAUAUUAACAGCAAAUGCGUUGAAUAUUGCAAAUGCGGUUACGGCUAUGAUAUCUUAUAGUCUAAACUUUUAUGUGAUUUUCUGGAGAAGUAGGGACUAUCGUGAGCAUCUUCGCCAACAGCAGAAAAGACUCCUCAGAUAUUUUUUUGGCAUAUGCUUUCAAUUCGCUACAAAAAACGUCUUCUUCUCCAAUCAGGCAGCGAGCACAAGCGCAGUCAACAUAACUGUGAUUAGCGCAAGGCAAAGGUAA